UCUUCCCAUCCAUGAAGGCUGGCUCAUUAAUAAGAUUAGGUAAGGAUGCAUCUGCUAACGGUUAACUGAGAUGUCCGCAAAGCGCUGUUCACAUGAGUGACCACUGAGACCCCCAUCUUUCCACGUGGUACCUAUCCCACGGUAGCUCUCCCACAUAAUUCAUAAAUAUUUCCUCCUCCUCCUCCUCCUCCUCCUCCUCCUCCUCCCUCGCGUUCUGCUGCAACACAAACAAAACGGAAAUCAUGGUCUUCUUCUGCUUCCUGGUGGACACGAGGGAGAUGGUCAGGUCCUCCAAGCCCGCCGCGGGGAUCUGCUCCAGAUGCGGCGGCGGGGCCAGCGUCGCCGACAUCGAGACCGCUACCAGGUUCUGCUACGUGCCGCUCUACCGGAAGAUGUGGCGUGCCAUCAUUUGCACUUUCUGUGGCGCCCGCCUCAAGUCCUACUACCACCGUCGUCUUCGCCGACCUUAAUAAGCCUCCUUCCCCCAGCUGCUCCGGCGACCCGACUCCAUCCCACUUUCCAUCUUCAUUAUUUUUAUUUAUUUUAACGGCGUCAAUCUAUAACUAUAAUUUUUUUAUUUGUACCGAGUUCUGAAACUGUAAUUUUUUUAUUUGAUAUAAUAUAAUAAAACAGCAUCGAUUAGAACUUAUCCCAGAACGCGCGG